UCAUGUGUAUUUUCCGUGGACUGCAGAAUUGCAUGAUUGGAGACGGGAAAAGUAAACAGGUUUUUACUGCUCGCCGAAGACUGGACUGACUGCUAAUUUGAGAGAGAGCUCAGACAUCAGUCUGUUUGUCUGCAGGGCGACGUCUCACCCUAUAAAGUGAAUGAAAGAUGUGAAUCGUUUCGCGCAAGUGACAACCGACAAGAUGACAGCAAGAAAGCCGAAUAAAUAAUCCGCCGGAUUGAACGUUUCUGAUUUAGUAAUACCUGAUGCCCAUUAUGAAGGCCGGGGAGGGGCCAGCCAGCCGCUCCCAUUUCCACCGCAGCUUCCCCAACAGCUUCCACGCCCAGACCGAGGACGUCCGGACCCAAAGCGAGGACGUCCUGGCGGCCAUGAACGCGCUGUGCCGGUCAAGCGCACUCCUGGCUGAAACCUUCAUGGGCGUGUUUCAGGACACGCCCUUUAUGGAGCUGGCGUUGCGGCUGAAGCAGGUCUCGCAGGACCUGGCCGCCAGGACGCUGAAUGCCAGCGAGCAUAUCCAGGAGGACGGUAUCGCCAUGGUAGCCAGGCUCAUUGGGCGGGGCACCAAAGAGAAAACAGACGAAGGAGUUCAGGUCCUGGCCAGAUGUUUCCUCCUGAUGCUGCAGACCCAGUGCCACUUCUUCCGGUCAGCGACCGAUGUUUUCGCACCCUUGGGCCGCUACGAGGAGGUGGAAGACGUAUUGAUCGGGGAGCGAUGCGAGGACGACGGAAUCCGAGAGGCCUGCAGUACGUGGAUCGCGGCCUCGCAGGCAACCAAGUCUCUACGGACAGGAGUGAGUCUCACCCCCAACGAGCAACAGCUAUUGGAUGAUGCGCACCACCCGAGAGGUCACCAUGGGGAUGCCAAGGUGUCAGAGGUCAAGCAGAAGUUGGACAUUCAAUCAUCGGUAUACAAGCAAGCGUUGUCUGAGCUUCCGCGAUCGGAGCACACCCUAACCGGCGGCUUCCACCUCCAACAGCAAUGCACCUCCCUCCUCCUGCACGGCUGCUGUAGCAUCGCGGAGGCCACCGAGCUCCUCGACAGCCAGUCAAACAACAAGCUCCUACACCAUGCCAUGCCGGGGGAACGGAGCCACCAGCCACAGCAGCAGCAGCGACUGAGCGCCGAGGAGCUGAGGGCGGUGUUGCAGACGGAUCUCCGGGACGUGUCCUUGCAGGUCGAGGGGUCCCCGUGUCACACGUCGCAGAAUCAGGAGGAGAACUUCAAGUCAAAACUGCAAGCAGUUGAGAAGUUAGUGAAGGAAACAUCCAAGCAACUCGGUGUUGGCGUCAACAGGGAACAGGUGGCCCUGGCGUUGCUGUGUGAAGCCUGUCCAUCGGUGGCUGAGAACCAAAGCAGGCUGGCUGCGCAGUUCAUCUUUGGUAGAGCUGAUGUGGUGAGAAUCAAGCCUUCCAAUCUCCACGGCAACCUCCAGAAGUAUGCUCAGAUUUCAUCACAGGAGGGCGCCUUCACCGUUGAAGUACCAACCGUCUGGAAACUGGACCAGACCUUCCGGACAAAAUCAGCGGCUGGUCUGGAGACUAGUCUGGGUGUGGUGGAGGUCGUGUAUGUCAGGCGGAUUGAGCUGUUGGAAGGAAGACACCCACCCUUGCCAACAAUCAAAGUCAAGCUCCGCCAGGUGGAGCGAACCUCCCCAACGACCCCCACCCCCCAGGGGAGUCUCAGAUCCCCAGGGGACGGCAGCCUGGGGUCUCCCCUGGGUAAGGGCUUCCGUCACACCAUGGAGAAACUAGCCGCCAAGUUUGGUCUGGGAUCGGCCCCGGUGCCCAAGGCUGCCAGCAGUGAGUUCUAUGUGAGCGUGGAUGCGGUACCGGACCAGCAAGCAGAAUUGACCAAUCACAAUUCAAAUGGUUCUUCCAACAGCCAAUCAAAAGUGAAAGAGGAGCCGCAUCUUGCUCAGCAUAAAGGGCCGGUGAGCUGCAGCACCCCGAAGAGAGAGGUUGCCAAGGAUACCGUCCCCUCGGUGAUGCCACGCCCGGCGAUGAUCAGCCCUACGGUGACCAUCACAUCCCACCCUAGCCCAACGGAGGAGCAGGUUUCUUGGAAUAAGAACGUGGUUGGCUACAAAGGUCCUGUCAAAACACCAAAGAAGGGGUUUGCAUCAGAUGCAGAGGUCCAAGAUAUCGUUGACCUCUUAUCGGGGGUCACCAGGCCUCCGCAGACUGUGAUUGGUCAACACCUGGAUACCUUCGGCCAAUCCCAGCGGUCGACCCAGAACACCACGCCUUCGUCCAGCUCCAGCAGCGGGAGUAACCGCAGCGCGGUGGGCGGGACCUGGCCAGGCGGUGGAGGGGGAGGGGGCAUGGACCCCAACCCGGCUAAAUUCGGCAAUUUCAACCCCACCUUCCAAGAGGCGGAGGCCCAAGACCGGGUGGGGGAGAUCCCCUUGACGACACACAACAUCGUAGCCGUCUCCCGGGCCUGGUCCAACCCGGUGCCCUGCCAAACUGGUCCCCAGCAGCAUCCCGUGCAGCCCUUACACCGACACGAGUCGUACGGCAACCACGACGCCGAGCGUGACAUCGUGUCCAUGUACGACAACUCCAGCACGGAUGAGGAGUUUGCCAAGUACAUCGCUACGAACUUCUUGGGGAAGAGGACGAAGGGCUACGCUAAGGAUCUGAACAUGGUCGGGGACCAGUGGGGAUACCCAGACAGCAGGCUGAAUCAAACAUGGCCGCCUCCGCCCGAGGGAACAUCAGAUAGUGGUGCAGAGCACCUGAGCCACAGCUUUUCAGGCCAGCACGAUUCCGGUAGCUCCAGCGAUGAAUCGGGAGAGAACGGCGACACAGCAUUCUCCAUGGGGCUGGGGCUGACUGGGCCCAACUUUGUCGCUUCCGUCAACAGAAGGAGGCACAGUAGCGGAGGGGAGGAGGUCAUUCAUCAUGGGCGGAGCUUUGAUCCAACGGGGCAGGCGGCAAUGAAGUACCUGGAAGUUGCACAGAUGGAGCCGAAAUCCACCAAAACCUGGCCGCCCAAGGUCCUAUGGCAACGACCCGUCUCCCCUAACGACGGUGCUACCCCGACCCCCGGGCCUUACCCCCUCCCCCCUCAGGAGCAACUCUUAGUCCAUCCACCCCUGACCCCGCAAUGGAGCGACCCGGUGACCUUACGCCAGCCCCCCAUGUGGCCCCCGACGGGAGGUUCCACGCCCGUGUCGCCCGCGGGCUCCAUGUCGCGGUUGGCCCCCAUGCAGCAGCCGGUGCAGCAGGGGGUACCGGGAGGGUCUGCCGUGGGUGGGAUGGGGGGCGUACAGGGGGGCGCGGGGAUGGCACGCGCCCACCCUAAGCUGGACCGCAAGUACGCUUACAGCCAGUACUAGGCAAGUUGAGCUUCCUCAGUUUUGUUGUAGUUUGACGGUGACUACUGAUGACAUCGGGGAAAUCCUGUCAAAGUUUCUUAUUGUGAUACUUGAGCAAAGACAAAAGAAGGUUCGUCCUCAAGGAUUUUUUAAUUUUUUUUUCAUCAUAUUAGUUCUUUUUGUUUUAUUUUUAGCUUCAAAUCAUUGCCUGUAAUUAGCCGGUAUUUGCUCCAUGCGCAUACAAAUGAGGGCGCUUUUUACCACUUUUGAGAGCCCGUGGACGAGACACACAGCGUGUGCGUACCGUACUGUGCUGGUUCGCACGCGAAGUACGCACGACUUCCUGAAUGUGCCAAAGCUGUUAGCCACAGCGUCUUUGCGUGAGCGUCAGGCGUCGUCGGUGCGUGAAUGCAUUCGAAUUUUCACUUGCGAUGGUCUCCCAGACAGACUAAUCCCCGCCCCCAAUAACUUUGGAUCAUUCG